CUCACUUUUAGUUUCAUUGGCUAGUGCUUGUUCAUGUGCAAGGCGAUAUUAUGAAUAAUUUCUUUGGACUUUUGAUUUGCCUUCACGUUUUAAUAUCGUUUGAAAUAUUUUCAGCUGGGGCUGUCUACUAUGCCGUGGAAUUCGCGGACUCCAUAAUCAGUUGCCCAGACUUCGACAAUCCAAACAUCAAGGCCGACAUAGAACUAGGAUUGCAGGCUGGAGAAGACGGUACACCAGAUACUUUCGGCUUAGAUGGAGUCCUCGACCUCAUCAUAGAACUUGAUGACGACCAUACUAUAGAAUUAGAAGUGUGUAAGGAAACAGAAGUAGCAUGCGAGCCAAUGCUAGCAGCGCAGGUCGGCAUGUGCGACAGCAUGAAGGAUUCUGAUGCUCCAUGGUUUCCUCUGUUCACGAUGAUGAAUAUCUCUUCUUGUCCUAUACCUGUGGGCCAAUACCCAAUCAAAAACCUGCAUUUAUCAGUGGAACAAUUCAAAGGUUGUCUAAGCCGGGACUUCUGUGGAUUUUACUCAGCUAAAAUUAACAUUUUGAAGAAAUUGGAUGUUGUAGCAUGUUACAUGGUGUAUUUGGAAGUUGUUGAAAAACAAGACGACUAACAGAAGAUUCAGUUGUAUUUAAUUUUAUAUCUUUUGUUUAUAUUGUAAACUAGACGACGGUGAUCCUUUAUUAAACAAUUAAGCUUUAGUA